AUGGCGUCCGCCGCACGAGUUGCGCGCUCUCUUCUUCGAAACACUUCUACAUUAAACAUAUCCUCAAAGGCGAUUCUUCGAUGUUUAAACAGCUCAGCGCCAUGUUCAACAAAGUCUUUGGUAUCUUUGAGAUCAUGCCUCAAGGAAACAGGGCUAUUAAAUGCUACRAGAAAUAGCAGUCUAUCAUCUAGAGUGAAUUUUAGCAAGAACUUCAGAGUAGCUUCAGCAUUAUGCAACCUGGCAGCUAUGCCACUUCUUGCCGUUGAGAGCACAGGAGCUGGAUCAGAUGCUCUUGAUGGCAGUGGCAGUGAUGAUGAUGGAGAAACCUGGUCUCAGAAUAGUGAAGAGGGUUAUAUAGGUGACGACACAUAACCUUCAACAUUUAAGACUGACUUUUCAAAACUAGCAUCCAUAUAGUUUGGCAUAAUGUUUUCUCAUUUCAAUCACAUGACAUUACUUUGAGUAUUAUGAUUUUUCUUUCCCUCCAAAGCCUGCAGGGGUCAUGCUCUGCCAUAACCUGCCUGUGAGCUAGCAAGUCUGAUUUUACGUAAAUCUAAACCAUACUAAGAACUUAUCUUGAGCUUUGAUUUUUUAGUGAGGGGARUUCCUAUAAGAAGAUUGAGCUUAUCUACUGCUGUUAAAAAAUUACCAAUAAAAAGGUUUUAUGCUUUUUAAUUAUCAUUAAUUUUGUAAAAGGUUUUUCUUUGUAUUUGUGAACCAACCUUUUUUUUGGAAAAAGUUUUAAUCUUCUUGAUGCCGUCAGAUAAUGUUUGAAAGCCUGCAAGAUUGUCAAAUGAUGAGAAAGUUUUUAUUUAAGUAGCAAAGUGUAAUAAAUUAAUUUCUAAAAUCCAA